CGCUGCACUCGAUUCUAAAGCUGCCAGUGCAUAAUACCAGUUCGAUUGCCCGUGAUGCAAUUGUGAAUCGCCUCUCAGUUUCGAAGUGAAUCGUUCUCAUUGUGAUGAUGCCAUUAUCCAUCUCUACCCAAUUAUCGGAAAAGUUUGUGCCACCCGAUUUAUUGUGAAGCAAUCCUUUCAGACGUAUGAAGAAGUGGAAUCAACCCCCUCAUACGUUUUUAUAUAUUGUCAAUUUGAAAAUAAAUAAAUAUAUUUAUUUCUAAAGGGAAAUGAGAAGUUGGCCUGACAUGUGCGUCUGAAAGCUGAAUUCUUUGCUAGUUGAAUAGUGAGGGAAUGGUUUGAAUCUAAAUGUGUGAUCGUCAAUUUAAAUACUGCUACUGGACCAGAAGUACAAGUUUGAUCUAAAGUUUGCUCUGAUCUCAGUUAUUAUUUAAGAGUAUAUCUAAAGUUCGGAAAAAAUCGAAUAUUUAUAAUUAAAGAGACUAACAAAUGUGUUUUGAUGUUGUAAAUCUAAAAACUCUUAAACGUCAGAUUCAUCAAAAUAUCAUUGUACAUAAGUAGCUGUUUGUUACGUUUAAAACUCCAGUCAUUGAGGUGCUCAAUUAUCAAGAAGAAACUUCUCAAUUUAUUAGGCUAACCGAGUUCAAAUGAGCCUCCCCAAGUUACUUCGCUUUUUUGAUUAUCGUGCGAGGCAAUGGCGUUUGGUGCUCGAACAGUUUCCAUCGCAGCUUUCCUGUGUGUUACAACCGUGAUAGCAGAACCAUCUCCAGUACAAGAGCAAAACAGGAACCUCAACCCUCCUCAACAAUGGGUGGCAAGAGCCAUCGCAGAACAUAUAUGGAACUACCAACUCACUUCGGAGAAGAACCCAGAAUGCACCCGUCAUUUCAAUAUCUAUCGAGAGCAUCUCAGUAACUUCACACUGUGGGCAGUUCAAAUGUUAGAUGCUUCAGAUGUAGUUCCAAGUGGACUUCUGGCAGCCGACAUAUUCAAGCUGGGUAAUUUUGAGGAAUGUAUUAAUACAAAAGUGCCGACUGAAUAUGGAUUUACCGCUCAGUAUUGUUUGCCUACUAUUAAUUUUAAUCGGACGAAUCUGGAAAUAUCCACUAAACAUGAGAACGAGUGGGAAGAUCCAGUGUGGAUCAAAAUCCUGAAUUCUAGAGAUCGCAGAAAAGCACCAAAAGACCGUUUUACAUUUGCUCUGUGCAUUCCGAGUACUUGUUCAUCAGAAGAUCUGAAAAUAUCUCUGCAAAGCUCACUGGAAGUGCCACUCAGGGAGGCAGCCUACGAUAUUAAUGUGACUUUAGAUAACUUACUAUGUACCACAAUGGAGGGACCACCAGGAUCUCUUGGUAGCAUGAUCAUGAAGUAUUUCCUGGUUGGACUGACGGGUUUAUUCCUCUUUUGUUCCAUCACGGAUCUAGUUCUGGCUGGUGCUCGUGGAGAUGAUUAUGAUAUCACGAAUUUCUCUUUUUCAAAAGCUGUGGGGAUUCAGAAAUGGCUUCUACCUUUUUCGCUCUGCAGAAACGUCUUUCAACUAACGGCACAACCAACUUCUCCAGAUGAAUAUAGGAUUUUGCAUGGACUCAAGGCCACACUAAUGAUGUUCAUUAUUAUGGCGCACAUCGCGCUGUUUCGAUGUGGGAAGGUACCUUUUGUCAACUGGAGCUACACAGAGGACAAAAUGGCGCGCUCCAGCAUAACAUACAUAAUCGGAGGACUUCUCCCGGACGUGUUUUUCUGUAUGACAGGAUUUACAGUCUGCCAAUCAAUGCUCAAUCAGCUGGAAAAGGGCUCUUUUAAUGUUCGCACCCACAUCGCAAAUAAAUUGCUAAGGGUCCUACCGCCGUACAUAUUCGUCAUAGCGUGCAUGAUUUUCGUCCUACCGUACCUGGGUAGCGGACCCAUAUGGAGAACUUUUAUUGAGCCAGAGGUGGAGUUUUGUCGAAAUAAUUGGUGGCUCAAUCUGCUCUUCGUUAAUAACUAUUUUAGAAUAGGCGAAUGGUGUCUGCCCCAAUCUUACUACAUUGCUGCUGACAUGCACUUUUUCAUAGUAGGUUCCUUAAUAGUGUAUCUUUGCUGGCGAUGGGCACCAUACAAAUUGGUAAUAUUGGGUUCUGCGCUCUUCCUAACUUUUUUACUGCCUUUUUUGACCGUUUUCCGGAAUGAGUAUAAUGGAUUCCUAAGAUUAGACUACGAAUUCUUGACAGAUCAAUUUAGGAAGCAACCGGAGGUUCAACAUGUUUACAUGAAGAGCCAUUGUCGAUCUGGUGGAUACAUCGUUGGCAUAACAGCAGCAUUUGUCUUGAGGCACUUCAAAAAAACUGACUGCAAAUUGUCAAAGGGCAUGUCGUGGGCAGGCGUUUUGUUCGCUGUCUGCAUCCUCUUUGGAACGCUGCUCGCAAAAUACGUACUUUACAACUCAUCGCCAAGCCUUAUGAUCCGCGCUAUCCACACUGGAUUGAGCACUCAGCUAAUUGGCGGCGCAUUCAUGAUUGUCAUCGUCAUCCAAAUAACCUCCGAUCUCGGAGCUUGGAACAAAAUAUUGUUCACUCAAGACGUGUUUAUACCGUUUAGUAGAAUUACAUACUGGUUAUACCUUCUUAACGUCCCCAUCGUUAUGGCCCUGAUUGGUUCCCUGAAGACACCCAUACACAUGACUUACGAAGAGACGGGUUUUUUGGGCCGACAUCUGGGAGACUUCUUUCCUAUCUACGCUUUCGCAAUAUAUGGCUAUUUAACAAUUGAAGCGCCAAUUACUCACCUGAAACCAAAAAUUCUGCGAUUCAUCUCAGGAUCUCCGUCCCCAACCGAUAAAAAGAACCAAUGACAUUGAUGUUUGUUUUUCGUUUUUCCUAAUAAAAAUUAUUGUAGAUAUUCA